GAGAAGAAGACCGAAGAUAUCACGCUAAUUCAAUAACUGAUUGGAAAGAAGGCCUUUACAGUCCUCCUGCCUUGUUGAAUUAAGUUGUUUGCUUAGAGCGGUGUAUGUAGCGUCAAAAGUCUUAAGAGAUACCUGCAAAUCCAAGCGGUAGCACGACCAGUUUCGAAACAAUAGCGUUGUUGACGUUUUAGCGAACAUGUCCUCCCGGAGUUCGUUCAAAGUACCUCGUUCCUCUAAGUUUAAGCAUGUAUUCGGGAAUCCUUUCAAGAAAGAUAAAUGUUACGAAGCCAUCAGGUUAUCGACGAAAUCGACGGAUGGAGGUAGUCAUUGUGCAGUAAAUCCUAAAUUCAUUGCAGUCGUGGUUGAAUCGAGUGGCGGGGGAACAUUCCUUGUUCUACCGCUCGAACAGGUUGGUCGUGUUCCUAUAGAUGCCCCAAAAGUAACUGGACAUGGGCGGCCUGUUCUUGAUAUUCAAUGGAACCCUUUUAAUGACCAACAAAUAGCUUCCAGUGCUGAGGAUGGUUCAAUCAAAGUAUGGCAUAUUCCUGAAGAUGGCCUAUCAAUGGACCUUGAUGAACAUUUAGUUGAUUUAAGGGGGCACUCUCGUAAGGUCAAUAUUAUUCGAUGGCAUCCUUGUGCUGAAGGGGUCAUUGCUAGUGCUGGGUAUGACAAUGAAGUUAGAAUUUGGGAUAUUGUGGAUGACAGAGAAGCUGCAACAAUACUCAAGGGACAUCCUGAUACAAUUUUUUCACUGUCUUUCAAUUACAAUGGUAGUUUACUGGCUUCCACUUGUAAAGACAAGAAGAUACGAGUUAUAGAUCCCAGAGCUGGAAGACUUGCAGCGCAUGGAUUGGGACACCCUGGCAAUAAGAGCUCUCAUGUGGUUUUUCUUGGUGAUAUGAACAUGCUCUUUACAACAGGAUUCUCAAGAAUGAACGAGAGACAAGUAGCCAUCUGGGAUGUGAGAAAUUUGAAAAAAGCUAUCAAAAUUGAUAGUGUGGAUUCUUCAUCAGGUGUUCUGCUCCCCUAUUAUGAUCACGACACAAGGAUUGUUUUUCUUGCUGGAAAGGGCGAUGGCAAUAUCAGGUACUAUGAAGUAUCAGAAUCUGAGCCAUACUUCACCUUCCUAAAUGAGUACCGUAGUUCAUCACCUCAACGUGGCUUUGGUGUCAUGCCAAAGAGAGGUGUUGAUGUCACUGCAUGUGAGAUUUAUAGGUUUUAUAAGCUGCACAACAACAACUUUGUGGAACCAAUUGCCAUGACUGUUCCAAGAAGGCAAUCCAGUGUACUUCAGCGAGACUUAUAUCCAUUGACUCCAUCAGAUAAACCUUCCAUGAGGGCUCGUGAAUGGAUUGACCAAGGACUUAAUAGAAAUCCAAACCUCAUGGACCUCCUGAAAGACUUUCCUCUUUUGGAUGGAGAGGUAGAGACCCGUGAUAUGAGAACAAGAGAACAGCGAGAGAGAGAGGACAGGCGUGCAUCAACUGGAAGAGCAGAAUACCAGGCUGUCAGAAGUCCAACUUCUGAAUCACCACCAAAGUCACCACCAAAGUCUCCAGUAAGAGUUAGCAGUAGAAAUGAAGAACAACGUUAUCCAACUUCACCUGAAACCAACCAUGUGUCUACCAGAGGACAGAAUGGAGAGAGUGAAGUUCAGUAUGUUCGAGCAACUGAAGUGUCAAGUAAGCCAGAAACCAAACAGAGAGACCCAAUCCAGGUCACAGCAAAAGCAGUAGAUAAUGGUAGAGGGUCUUCUUUGGAAAAAAGACGACCAAGUGGAGGAGGUAGAAGGCGCUCAGGGGAUUUUGCAAACUGGGAUAUUGACACUUUGAGACUUGCUUACAGUGAUCAGAGAGAAGAGAUAGUCUUCCUUGAAACUCAACUUAGAGCCAAAGAUGCAAAAAUUACCCAGCUUGAAAAAGAAAACCAAUACCUAAGAGAAAAAACGCAGAGGUAUUAGUUAAACGAAAAGUGGCACACUCACAGACAAGCAGCUUUUCAUCUAACUUUUUUUUAGACCUAGAAGAUCACAUGUAAUUUAUGUGCUACAUUGUGAGAGUUUAUUUCUGUGAAAUACAGAAUUUCAAGGUAUAUUUCUGCUAAGUGUGUAAUUUUAUCGUUAUUUAUGUGUAUGUUUUAGGAAACGCUUGCUAUUUGUCGUAAGUUUUAUCUAAAAAAAAAGAAAAGCAAACUAUUUUAGAGUUAUUUUAACAAAGGCAGUGAAGCACAAUCAUUAGUAGGCUUAUUAGUAAGGUCAAGUAAUAAUGAUGCAAAUGUACCUCUGUAAAUUGUAGUUUAAGGUAAUUCUUGAAGAUUAUGCAGUUGUAAUAAGGUCCAGAGUUAUUUUCUUAAUAUUUGAAUAUCGGACGUCUUGAAUUUAUUCUGGUUUAAAGAAGAACUCUAACGGGUGAUGAUUUUGGUUCGCUGGGAAUUGAGAGUACUAUCAACUUGAUGUUUUUUAGAGCAGGCCAACUUUUGGUGGUGGGGGAGGGAUGGGUUGUUGGGUCAUUUUUAUGAGGUGGGGUAGUGGGUAGUUUGGAAAUUAUAAUCUUCCGAGCAAAUUUGAGCGAAAAAUGUUGGGAUACAGGUUUUACAUGUGCCUGUAGUAAAGGCGUGGUGUUCUUUUCCUUCUGAUAAAUUGACCAUAUUCCUGACUAAUAUUGAGUAUGAAGUACUGUAUAGAAAUGCGCAUAUCGUGUAAUUACCCUAACCCGUUCACUUCCAGAAGUGAUGAGCAUUUAACUUCUCCCUAUAAUUUCCAAACAUUAUCCAGCAAACAGGCAAUGAUAAUACUCAAAAUGAUCAGUUAGAAGUUGUUACCUUGAUCUAACGCCAUAACCUUGUAACUAAUUUACAAGGAAAUGUGUUGUAGCUGGAGGGAGAAUUAACAAUCAGAUCUUGUGAGGGCUAAGUGAAGUGAAGUCUAGUGGGGACUUGAUUAAAAAAAUAGAGCUUGUG